CGCGUGCGCAGUGCGGCUGCGCGUCGGAGGACUGGUUUGUUUCUGCGGUAUGGUUUGGGUUUGUCGUCUGUCCAGCAUUAAUUUACCGAUUUUGGCGAGAACAUCGCUUGUUUUGGUCUCUUCUGGAUACCGUCCUGGCGCACUGAAAACAGUGCGGUGUUGCUGACGGUUGGAGGGCGCUGCGUGCGAGGGGUUCUGCCCUAAGCCGUCGCCAUGACGACAGACAUAUCCCUGGUCCGGUGGGACCCGACGCUCCAGUCGGAGAUCGUCGAGGACUACGAGUACGACGGCGGAAACUCAUCGUCACGACUCUUCGAACGAUCGCGCAUCAAGGCGCUAGCAGACGAACGAGAAAGUGUACAAAAAACGUUCCAAAAAUGGGUCAACUCCCAUCUAGUGCGAGUCAACUCGCGUAUCAGCGACCUGUACAUCGACAUGCGGGACGGCAAGAACCUCCUUAAACUCCUAGAAGUACUCUCCGGAGAGAGAUUACCACGGCCAACCAAAGGCAAAAUGCGUAUCCACUGCCUAGAAAACGUAGACAAAGCACUCCAAUUCCUGCGCGAGCAGAGAGUGCAUUUGGAGAACAUGGGGUCCCACGACAUCGUGGACGGCAACCCCCGCCUGUCCCUGGGUCUUAUUUGGACCAUCAUUCUUCGCUUCCAGAUCCAAGACAUCACGAUCGAAGAGACCGACAACCAGGAGACCAAGUCCGCCAAGGACGCCCUGCUGCUGUGGUGCCAGAUGAAGACCGCCGGCUACCACAACGUCAACGUGCGCAACUUCACCACCUCGUGGCGCGACGGCCUGGCCUUCAACGCCAUCAUCCACAAGCACCGCGCCGACCUCAUCCAGUUCGACAAGCUGUCCAAGUCGAACGCCAUGUACAACCUCAACAACGCCUUCAACGUGGCCGAGGACAAGCUGGGGCUCACCAAGCUGCUGGACGCGGAGGACGUCUUCGUGGACCAGCCCGACGAGAAGUCCAUCAUCACGUACGUGGUGACGUACUACCACUACUUCAGCAAGAUGAAGCAGGAGACGGUGCAGGGCAAGCGUAUCGGCAAGGUGGUGGGCAUCGCGCUGGAGAACGACCGCACCAUCCAGGACUACGAGAAGCUGACCAGCGACCUGCUCAUGUGGAUCGAGAACACGAUCGCGUCCCUGGGCGAGCGCAAGUUCGCCAACUCGCUGGAGGGCGUGCAGCGGCAGCUGGCGCAGUUCAGCAACUACCGCACCGUGGAGAAGCCCACCAAGUUCGGAAAGGGCAACCUGGAGGUGCUGCUGUUCACGCUGCAGUCGCGCAUGCGCGCCAACAACCAGAAGCCCUACACGCCGCGCGAGGGCAAGAUGAUCUCCGACAUCAACAAGGCCUGGGAGCGCCUGGAGAAGGCCGAGCACGAGCGCGAGCUGGCGCUCCGCGAGGAGCUGAUCCGGCAGGAGAAGCUGGAGCAGCUGGCGGCGCGGUUCAACCGCAAGGCCGGCAUGAGGGAGACGUGGCUCAGCGAGAACCAGCGCCUCGUGUCGCAGGACAACUUCGGCUUCGACCUGGCCGCCGUGGAGGCCGCCGCCAAGAAGCACGAGGCCAUCGAGACGGACAUCCUGGCGUACGAGGAGCGCGUGCAGGCCGUGGUGGCCGUCAGCCAGGAGCUGGAGGCCGAGAACUACCACGACAUGGCGCGCAUCAACGCGCGCAAGGACAACGUGCUGCGCCUCUGGAGCUACCUGCUGGAGCUGCUGCGCGCGCGCCGACUGCGCCUCGAGCUGUCGCUGCAGCUGCAGCAGAGCUUCCAGGAGAUGACGUACAUCCUGGACUCCAUGGAGGACAUGAAGAUGACCCUGCUGUCCGACGACUACGGCAAGCACCUGAUGGGCGUCGAGGACCUGCUGCAGAAGCACUCGCUGGUUGAGGCCGACAUCAACGUGCUGGGCGAGCGCGUCAAGGCCGUGGUGCAGCAGUCGCAGCGCUUCCUGGACGAGGGCAUGACCGGCGAGGAGGGCUACAAGCCGUGCGACCCCACCAUCGUGGUGGACCGCGUCUCGCAGCUGGAGAACGCCUACUCCGAGCUGGUGAAGCUGGCCGUGGAGCGCCGCUCCCGCCUGGAAGAGAGCAAGCGGCUGUGGCAGUUCUACUGGGACAUGGCCGACGAGGAGAACUGGAUCAAGGAGAAGGAACAGAUCGUGUCCACGGGCGACAUCGGCCACGACCUCACCACCAUCCACCUGCUGCUGUCCAAGCACAAGGCCCUGGAGACGGAGAUCUCGAGCCACGAGCCGCAGCUCGUGUCCGUCAUGUCCGUGGGCGAGGAGCUGGUGCGUCAGGAGCACUUCGGCAAGAAGCGCAUCGAGGAGCGGCUGCAGGAGAUCAUGGGCAUGUGGCACCACCUGCUGGACACGUCCGCGCUGCGCCGCCGCCGCCUCGAGGAGGCCGUCGACUUCCACCGCUUCUUCGCGGACGCCGACGACGUGGACCACUGGAUGCUGGACGUGCUGCGCCUGGUGUCGAGCGAGGACGUGGGCCGCGACGAGGCCAACGUGCAGUCGCUGCUCAAGAAGCACAAGGACGUGGCGGACGAGCUCAAGAACUACGCCACGGCCAUCGAGGCCCUGCACCAGCAGGCCGGCACGCUGGGCGAGCGCGACCGCGAGUCCGCCGAGGUGCAGGAGCGCCUGGCCAGCAUCGACCACCGAUACAAGGAGCUCAUCGAGCUGGCCAAGCUGCGCAAGCAGCGCCUGCUCGACGCGCUGUCCCUCUACAAGCUGCUGAGCGAGUCGGACGGCGUGGAGCAAUGGAUCGGCGAGAAGGACCGCAUGCUGCAGACCAUGGUGCCCGCCAAGGACAUCGAGGACGUGGAGAUCAUGAAGCACCGCUACGACGGCUUCGAAGAGAUGAACGCCAACGCGUCGCGCGUGGCCGUGGUGAACCAGCUGGCGCGGCAGCUGCUGCACGUGGAGCACCCCAACUCGGAGCAGAUCCUGGCGCGCCAGAACCAGCUGAACCACGACUGGGCCGAGCUGCGCGAGAAGGCGGAGGGCAAGCGCGAGGAGCUCAACUCGGCGCACGGCGUGCAGACUUUCCACAUCGAGUGCCGCGAGACCAUCAGCUGGAUCGAGGACAAGAAGCGCAUCCUGCAGUCCACCGACAGCCUGGAGAUGGACCUGACGGGCGUCAUGACGCUGCAGCGCCGCCUGUCCGGCAUGGAGCGCGACCUGGCCGCCAUCCAGGCCAAGCUGGACGCCCUGGACCGCGAGGCCGAGGCCAUCAGCGGCGAGCACCCCGAGGAGGCGGCCGUCAUCCGCCAGCGGAUCGAGCAGAUCCAGACCAUCUGGGAGCAGCUCACGCAGAUGCUCAAGGAGCGCGACUCGAAGCUGGAGGACGCCGGCGACUUGCACCGCUUCCUGCGCGACCUGGACCACUUCCAGGCCUGGCUCACCAAGACGCAGAAGGACGUGGCGUCCGAGGACACCCCCGCGUCGCUCGCCGAGGCUGAGAAGCUGCUGAGCCAGCACCAGAGCAUCCGCGAGGAGAUCGACAACUACACCGACGACUACACCAAGAUGAUGGAGUACGGCGAGCGCCUGACCGCCGAGCCGUCCACGCAGGACGACCACCAGUACAUGUUCCUGCGCGAGCGCCUCAAGGCCCUGCGCGACGGCUGGGAGGAGCUGCACCAGAUGUGGGAGAACAGGCAGCAACUGCUGAGCCAGUCGCUUAACCUGCAGAUGUACAACCGCGACGCCAAGCAGGCCGAGGUGCUUCUGAGCCAGCAGGAGCACGUGCUGAGCAAGGACGAGACCCCCACCAACCUGGAGCAGGCCGAGAGCCUCAUCAAGCGGCACGAGGCCUUCCUCACCACCAUGGAGGCCAACGACGACAAGGUCAACUCCGUGGUGCAGUUCGCCAGCAGGCUGAGCGACGAGGGCCACUUCGCCACCGACAAGGUGCUCAAGAAGGCCCAGAACAUCGAGGAGCGCCGCGAGGCCAAUCGGCAGCGCGCCCUGGAGCAGAUGGAGAAGCUCAAGGACCAGCUGCAGCUGCACCAGUUCCUGCAGGACUGCGAGGAGCUGGGCCAGUGGGUGCAGGAGAAGAACAUCACGGCGCAGGACGAGACGUACCGCAGCGCCAAGACGGUGCACAGCAAGUGGACGCGCCACCAGGCCUUCGAGGCCGAGAUCGCGUCCAACAAGAAUCGCCUGGACGAGGUGCAGCGCUCCGGCGAGGAGCUCAAGAGGGAGAAGCCCGAGCUGGCCGAGCUCAUCGACCCCAAGACCUCGGAGCUGGGCCAGCAGUUCGACGACCUGGAGCGCACCACCAAGGAGAAGGGCGAGCGCCUGUUCGACGCCAACCGCGAGACGCUCAUGCACCAGACCUGCGACGACAUCGACUCCUGGAUGACGGACCUCGAGAAGCAGAUCGAGAGCGAGGACACCGGCACCGACCUGGCCUCCGUCAACAUCCUCAUGCAGAAGCAGCAGAUGAUCGAGACGCAGAUGGCCGUCAAGGCCAAGCAGGUGACCGAGCUGGAGUCGCAGGCCGAGUUCCUGCAGCGCACCGUCCCGGAGAAGAUGGACCAGAUCACCGAGAAGAAGAAGGCCGUGGAGCAGCGCUUCGAGCAGAUCAAGGCGCCCCUGCUGGAGAGGCAGCGGCAGCUGGAGAAGAAGAAGGAGGCGUUCCAGUUCCGGCGCGACGUGGAGGACGAGAAGCUGUGGAUCGCCGAGAAGAUGCCCCAGGCCACGUCCACCGACUUCGGCAACUCGCUCUUCAACGUGCACAUGCUCAAGAAGAAGAACCAGUCCCUGCGCAACGAGAUCGACAACCACGAGCCGCGCAUCCACGCCGUGUGCAGCAACGGCAGGAAGCUCAUCUCCGAGGACCACGAGGACGCGCCGCAGUUCAUGCACCUCAUCGAGGACCUGCUGUCCAAGUGGGACCGCCUCAAGUCUGCUGUCGAUGAGAGGCGCAACCAGUUGCUGCAGUCUGAGAAGGCGCAGCAGUACUUCUUCGACGCCAGCGAAGCUGAGUCGUGGAUGAGUGAGCAGGAGUUGUACAUGAUGGUGGAAGACCGUGGCAAAGAUGAAAUUUCUGCGCAAAACCUUAUGAAGAAGCACGAGGGCCUGGAACAGGCAGUGGAGGACUAUUCAAAUACCAUUCGGCAGCUGGGAGACACCGCUAAGCAGCUUAUCAGUGAACAGCAUCCAGACAGUGACCAGAUUGCUGUGAAGCAAUCUCAAGUGGACAAACUGUAUGCUGGACUGAAGGACCUGGCGGGUGAGCGAAGAGCCAAGUUAGAUGAAGCUCUACAACUCUUCAUGUUGAACAGAGAAGUAGAUGACCUGGAGCAAUGGAUUCAACAGAGAGAAUUAGUGGCUGGUUCACAUGAGCUUGGUCAAGAUUAUGACCAUGUCACUCUCCUUUGGGAGAGGUUCAAGGAAUUUGCUCGUGAUACUGAAGCUGUUGGCUCAGAGCGAUUCAAUCAAGUGAAUAGCAUUGCUGAUUCACUAAUUGCAGCGAGUCACUCUGACAGUGCCACAAUUGCCCAAUGGAAAGAUGGUCUUCUAGAAGCAUGGCAAGAUCUCCUUGAGAUGAUUGAAACUCGAACACAGAUGCUGGUUGCAUCUCGUGAACUUCACAAGUUCUUCCAUGACUGCAAGGAUGUCUUGGGUCGUAUCCAAGAAAAGGAACACGCCAUGUCUGAUGAAUUGGGCCGCGACGCUGGCUCAGUUUCUGCACUCCAGCGAAAGCAUCAAAACUUCAUGCAAGAUUUGCAGACCUUACAGUCACAGGUUUCUCAAAUUCAGAAGGAGUCUGAGAAUUUGCAGACAUCCUAUGCAGGUGAUAAGGCCAAGGAAAUCACAAACAGAGAAGCAGAAGUUGUUAACGCCUGGAGUAAUCUUCAGAAUAUGUGUGACAGUCGCAAACAGAAGUUGGCUGAUACUGGAGAUUUGUUCAAAUUCUUUAUUGAUGUUAGAACACUUAUGUUGUGGAUGGAUGAUGUUGCACGGCAAAUGAACACUUCUGAAAAACCCAGGGAUGUUAGUGGAGUAGAGCUACUAAUGAACAACCACCAAAGUCUUAAAGCUGAAAUAGAUACCCGAGAAGAAAAUUUCACUGCCUGUAUAUCUUUAGGCAAAGAGCUUCUCUCGAGAAAUCAUUAUGCAUCAAAUGAGAUUAAGGAAAAGCUUCUUUCACUGACCAAUCAAAGACACUCCUUGUUACGACGCUGGGAGGAGCGAUGGGAAAACCUCCAGCUUAUUUUGGAAGUUUAUCAGUUCGCUCGAGAUGCAGCAGUCGCAGAGGGAUGGCUUAUAGCACAAGAACCUUAUCUAAUGGCUAGUGAACUUGGAAUGAGUAUAGAUGAUGUAGAAGCACUCAUCAAGAAACAUGAAGCCUUUGAAAAGUCUGCUGCUGCCCAAGAGGAAAGAUUCAGUGCUCUGGAGAGGCUUACAACUUUUGAAUUAAAAGAGUUUAAGAGGAGAGAAGAAGAAAAAGAAAGGAAACGACAAGAAGAGUUGGCAGCUCAGCAGCAACCUAUUACAUCACCGCAAGGAACCGGAGAUAGGCCCGAUGGUCCCGGUUCACCGCAAGCAGAAGCAGUUCAGGCUGCUAGUGACCAGGAGGCACAAGUGGUGACGGAUGUUGAAGAUAAUUUGCACAAGCGUCGCACGAUGCCAGAACCUGCACCGUCUCUGCGGCAAAAUCCUCCGGAAAGGGUUAAAUCUCUUCCUGUUCAAUCAACACAACCAACCGCCCCAAGGUUGAGCGCCAAAGAUACCUCUUCCACCUCUCGGAAGAAAGACCGCUCACGUUCUAAGUCGCCAUUCAGAAGUUUCCGUUGGAAGAAAGGCUCGGGUCCAAAGAGCCCCACUCUUGCUCCUACUAGCGCCAGUGAUGAUGAAUCCAACAUGGAGAGAGAAGAAGCUGCUUCAUCAACCAACAUGGAGGGUACCUUAACUCGGAAACAUGAAUGGGAGAACCAGACAAAGAAGGCAACCAACAGGUCAUGGGAUAAGGUGUACAUGGUCCUACGAGGAAGCCUCUUCUCUUCAUAUAAAGACCAAAAGUCGUACAACUCCGCUCCUGGAAUCUGCUUUAAGAAUGAGAGUCCAGCUGAUCUUAGGGGAGGAUCUUGUCUCCUUGCAGAGGACUAUACUAAGAAGAAACAUGUAUUCAGGCUCAAGUUAAAUGGUGGUGCUGAAUACUUGUUCCAAGCUAAAGAUGACAGUGAAAGAUCUAAAUGGGUAACAAGUUUGGCACAGGCUUGCGAAUUGCAAGGCUCUCCAGGACCAUCUCGAGCCCAGACCUUACCUGCAUCAACAGAGCAGCGCAGAGAGGAUGCCAAGAGACGCAGUUUCUUCACACUCAAGAAAAGUUAAGAGUGCUGGAGGACAUUCUGUCGCUCUUUUUUCAUCACAUGGCCGCUAUCCAGCUAUUCCCACCUCUCGCUGAAAAGCUACUCACCGUGAUUGACACCCCGGCACCAUGUUGCCAGAAGAUCAUUUGUUAUCACUUUGUACCAUCAUUUAUUUUAUUUGUGUCAUGAUUCAUUUGUUCAUAACUGUGCAGCAGUUUUUCAGCAAUACAAAGCUUAUCAUUUUUAUUUGUAUAAACAUGUAUUUACUGCCAGGUUUUUCAAACUAAUGUUAUUUUAAUGAUACGGAAGCACAACGCCUCAUGUUCAUAGGUGGGCUGGGGACAGAUUGGCUGAGAAAAUGUUUUUAAAUAUUUCCUUAAUUUAUUAAUAAAGUUUUACCUUUUUGUAUGUGUGGAACAAUGCAUUAUGGCUUUAAUUCUCCACUAUGCCAGGAACUGAAUAGUUCUCCAAGCUUGUCUUUUUACGUCCCCUAUGAUGCAAGAACUGUGCCUUCAAACCAAUUGUAUGUGAACUCAGUUUACCAGAUUUCAAAUAAUGGUGUGGUGCCAUUUCAUUUUAAAGGCUAUCCCGUCUACAUGGACUCUUCAUCAGUGAAGCAUAUGUGAAUGUUAGACAACUUUGUGUAUUUUUUAUGAAUUUUUGUGCAUUUGGAAGCUUUGGCUGGUACCAACAUCACAUGAGAAUACCUUAAGGAAUGAUUGUGUGUAAAUAUCAGCUUUUAUUUGAGUCAUGUGCUUUAGAAUACGAACUUCUUUUAAUUGUUUUAAUGUAUCCUCCCCCCUCCCUUUUUUUUGGAGCUUCCAAAUUUUUUUUUCUCUUAUUGUGACAUAUUUUGUUUGAAAGACACUUUUAUUUUGUGGUAUAGGGUAUUUCUUUUUCUCUAUUGAAAGUCCUUUAUACUUGCAUCUCUUUGUAAGAAGAUUAAGUGGUUGAAAUUCUUCAAAAUAUUGACUCUUGAUUUUUUUUAAAAUGCCAAUUCAGAGCUUAUUAUUGUCCUCUUCGGAAAUGUAUUCAUCGGCACAUAAGACAAAUUGUUUUGCUCUCCACCCCUGUUUUGUAUGUUCUUCAUACCGUUUUUGGCUCUGCACUCUACGCUGUACAGCCUCCAAUGGAGGUCAUAAGGAGUUUUCCACUCCCAUAAAAUUAUAUAUUGUCUUAUAUGCUGAUGAAUAAAGAAAUCCAAAUGCAGAUCUUUAACUAUAGUUGCUAGUCACUUAAUUGUAGAGGACUGCAUUCACGUUACAGAUUGACUGAUGGUGUUAAGUGGUCACCUGUGGUGCUUCACCUAGAGCUUGUUUUAAAUAAAAUAAGUUAAGUAGCAUAAUUUGAAGAGUUUAAUUUCAGCCCUGAAUCUGUUAUUGAGCGAGAUUGAAAUUGAGUAAAAUUGCUAAUUGAGUGUGUGCUUCAAUCAGGGAUGUGCAAUCUGAAGAUGUUGAAGAGUACUUUUUAUAAUGCAAAGAAAUUAUUUAAUAUAUAUUUAUUAGGUGCAUUUUGUACAGCUGAUUUAAGGGUCUUUACUUCGUAAUAAUAUCAACAGAAACUCUGAUAAAACUCUGUGGGGAUGUAAUGAAGAACAUAAAUAGAAAACUUCCAUAGGAUGUUGUGUUUAUAUUUAAUAAAAUCACUUUUGAAUCAUGUUAUAUUUGCACAUUCCUACUAGAAUGCAGUAACAUGUUCAGAAUUUUCUUUCUCUCUCUUAUUUCCAUCCCUAGUGUUCAGUUUAGAUUAUGCAGCUACUUGUGCCCUGCCCAAGGAUAUGAACAUUGUAAAUUUGGUUUUAGUAAUGGGAAAAGUGCUUACAAUAAAGAAAUCAGCUGACUGAA